GGCUUCCGCUGGCCCAUUGUCUUCAGCGGAGAUUGACCAGUGGGAAGACUUGGAGGACCGGAAGGACUCGGGUCCUCCAGCCAGUCAGAGCGCGGGCUUUGUGUGAAUGAAGAUUGAGUUUCACACAGACUAAAACUUCCUCCUGUGUCCAACAUCUGACAUUAGAAAGGGAGGAUGUGCAGGCAAAAAUCUCAAGCCAGCCAUCAUGUCAAGAUCUGACAGAAUCAGUUGAUUCCUGGGAACUGAAUUUCAUCGGUUUUAAACAUCAGUGUGAUUGGAAAAGGCCUGAGACACACACACUUGAGUAAGAGGGUUCCAGUGUGGAAAGAGCUUUCAUUAGUUACACAGCCUGAAAAAACAUCACACCAUUCACAGUGAGGAGAGACUGGACAUGUGUUCAGUGCUUGGAUGAGGCCCCAACUGAUCGUCAAACCUGGAGAAACACAAGGUCACAUGCACCAUGGAGAAACUGUGGAAAUGUGGGGACUGUGGGAAGGGAUUCAAAUCUCCAUCUGCGCUGGAGAUUCAUCGACGCAUUCACACUGGGGAGAGGCCGUUUGUCUGUUUUGAGUGUGGGAAGGGAUUUACUCAGUUAUCCAGCCUGCAGACACACCAGCGAGUUCACACUGGGGAGAGGCCGUUCACCUGCUCUGUGUGUGGGAAGGGAUUCAGUGAUGCAUCCAAUCUGCGGACACACCAACGAGUUCACACCGGGGAGAGGCCAUUCACCUGCCCUGAGUGUGGGAAGGGAUUCACUUGCUUAUCGAACCUUCAGAUACACCAACGCGUUCACACUGAGGAGAGGCCCUUCACCUGCUCUGAGUGUGGGAAGAGAUUCACUUGGUCAUCCAACUUGAAGACACACCAGCGAGUUCACACCAAAGAGAGACCAUUCACCUGUUCCAUGUGUGGGAAGGGAUUCAGUGAUUCAUCCAACCUGAAGACACACCAGCGGAUUCACACCGGGGAGAGGCCAUUCACCUGCUCUGACUGUGGGAAGGGAUUCUCUUGUUUAUCCAACCUGCGGACACACCAGCGACUUCACACUGGGGAGAGGCCGUUCACCUGCUCUGAGUGUGAGAAAGAAUUCAGUCAGUUAUCCCACCUGCAGAUACACCAGCGAGUUCACACUGGGGAGAGGCCAUUCACCUGCUCCGGGUGUGGAAAGUUGUUUAAACACUCAUUGAAACUUCUGCAAGACCAGCGAGCUCAUACUGGGGAGAAGCCGUUCACCUGCUCUGAGUGUGGGGAGGGAUUCACUCAUUCACCCCACUUGCUGAGACACCUGAACAUGGAGAGACGCAAGGACACACACACUAUGGAAAAACCAUGGAAAUGUGGGGACUGUGGGAAGGGGUUUCUUUUCCCAUCCGCACUUGAAACUCAUCGACGCAGUCACACCGGAGAGAGACCAUUCACCUGCUCCGAGUGUGGGAAGGGAUUCACUCACUCAUCCGCCCUGCUGACACACCAGCGAAUUCACACUGGGGAGAGGCCGUUCACCUGCUCCGAGUGUGGAAAGCGAUUCAGUGAUUCAUCCGCCCUGCUCUCACACCAGCGAGUUCACACUGGGGAGAGGCCAUUCAUCUGCUCUGUGUGUGGCAAGGCAUUCACUCAGUCAGCCAGCUUGCAGACGCACCAUAAAGUUCACACUGGGAAGAGGCCUUUCACCUGCUCUGAGUGUGGGAAGGGAUUCAGUGAUUCAUCCAAACUGCUGAAGCACCAGCGAAUUCACACUGGGGAGAAGCCGUCCAUCUGCAGUGUGUGUGGGAAGGGAUUCACUCACUCAUCCGCCCUGCUGACACACCAGCGAAUUCACACUGGGGAGAGGCCGUUCACCUGCUCUGUGUGUGGGAAGGGAUUCACUCAGUCAUCCAACCUUCUGAGACAUCAGAGAGUUCACACUGGAGAGAAGCCAUUCACCUGCUCCGAGUGUGGGAAGGGAUUCACUCGGUCUUCCAACCUGCUGAGGCAUCAGAGAGUUCACACUGGAGGGAAGCCAUUCAUCUGCUCCGCGUGUGGGAAGGGGUUCACUAAUUCAUCUGAUCUUCUGAUACACCAGCGAGUUCACACUGGGGAGAGGCCGUUCACCUGCUCUGAGUGUGGGAAGGGAUUCAGUAAUUCAUCCAACCUGCUGACACACCAGCGAGUUCACACCAGGGAGAGGCCAUUCACCUGCUCUGUAUGUGGGAAAGGAUUCCCCCAGUUAUCCCACCUGCUGACGCACCAGCGAGUUCACACUGUGGAGAGGCCGUUCACCUGCCCUGAGUGUGGGAAAGGUUUCACUCAGUCAUCGAACCUGUUCACACACCAGCGAGUUCACACCGGGAAAAGGCCAUUCACCUGCUCCGUGUGUGGGAAGGGAUUCACUGAUUCAUCCAACCUGCGGAGGCACCAGCGAGGCCACACCGGAGAAAGGCCUUUCACCUGCCCUGAGUGUGGGAAGGGAUUUGUUCAUUCAUCUAACCUGCUGACACACCAACGAGUUCACACCGGUGAGAGGCCAUUCAGCUGCAAUGAGUGUGGGAAGGGAUUUGUUAAGUUAUCCAACCUGCUGACACAUCAGCGAGUUCACACUGGGGAGAAGCCAUUCAUCUGUUCAGAGUGUGGGAAGGGAUUCAGUCAGUUAUCAAGCCUGCAGAAACACCAACGAAUUCACACUGGGGAGAGGCCGUUUACCUGCUCUGAGUGUGGGAAGGGAUUCAUUCAGUUUUCACACCUGCUUAGACACCAGCGAGUUCACAAGUGAUUCCAGGAGUUGAAUUCUGCUGUUACUGCUGCUGUUAAUCACAUCCAGGACUGAACCACAUUCAUUCUGAUAGUUGGUGAAGUCAGAGGGUUUCUUUCUGCUGGACUGGCCGGUCUCACGACUUUGCUUCCAGUGGCUGAUGCUCUUUGAGCCUGGGAGUGCACAUUUCCACUGAAAUGAUCCACAAAAGCUGAUGAAGGACAUUUAUUUUAUCCUGGACAGUAAAUAGUGUUUUUCCUACCACUACAGGUAGAUCUAAAAUAAAUACAUUUGUCUCUGUUCCAUUGAGUCUACAGCACAGGGCCAGGCCAGUCAGCUCAAUUGGUCUAUGAUGGUAUUUAUGCUCCACAUGAGCCUCCACCCACCCCUCUUCAUCUCCCCCGAUCAGCAUAUCCUUCUAUUCCUUUCUCCCUCAUGUAUGUUUCUAGCUUCCCCUUAAAUAUAUUCAUGCUAUUCACCUCAACCACUCGCUGUGGUAGCGAGUUCCACAUUCUCACUACUCACUGGGUAAAGAUGUUUCUCAUGAAAUCCCAAUUGGAUUAUUGAACCCCAUCAUCAUCUGAAAGACUUCCAUCAGGUCACCCUUCAGUCUUCUCUUUUUUAGAGAAAAACAGCCCCAGCCUUUCCUGAGGGUUAAAUGCUCUCAGUUCUGAUAUUAUUCCUGUCAAUCUCUGUUGCCCCUUCUCCAAUGCCUCUAUUUCCUUUUUCUCAAUGGAGAUCACAAAUGUUGACAGUCCUCCCAGUGUAGUCUAACCAUGGUUCGAAACAAGUUGAACAUAACCUCCCUGCUUUUCAAUUCUAUCCCUCUAGAAUGGAACUCAAUAUCUGGGCCCCACACUUUUGGAAAGAUGUGAAGUUCUUAGAGAGGGAGCAGAGGAGAUUGACGAAGAAUGACACCAGGGAUGAGUGACUUCAGUAAGUUGGAGAGACUGGAGCAGCUGAAAUUUCUCUCUUUGAAUCAUGGAGUCAUGAGAACUCACAGGAGACCAUUCAGCCCAUCUAGUCCAUAUUCUUUCAAGUGUCCAUCCAAUUGCCUUUUUAAAUUGUUAAUCAUCUCUGCUUCCUUCCCUCUCAUAGACAGCGAGUUCCAGGUCAU